AGGCGCCUAGCUAGCUGUUGCAGGAACAACAUCAUGGACAUUAGAGGCUGGCGGUGUCCAUGGCUACUGAACAAAAUGGGAUGUCCAAAUGAGCUUCAUUUCACUUUGAGGACUUGAAGAUACAGAUAUUCUCAAAGCUUUUAUCUAUAUGAAAACAUUGUUGUGAAUAUUUUUUUUGCUCCAGUGGCGUCGUUUUAAGCCGGAGCAGCAAUAUGAGGGGAUCCGGUACAGGCUACAUGCUACAUGCUACAGGCAGAGACAGAUGAUCGGGCAGCUAAACAGAGUUAGCUUCACUAGCUAGAGAGAGAGACAGAGGCGCGGCAUUGAGUGCAGCUCGUGUUCAUUUAAUUCGCACCGACAUCUUUUUUUAGAUAAAUGUUUCUUAGGUAUUUAGAGUAUCUGUUUUUCCGGACCCUUUCGGGUUUGUGAGGACGCUGUGCUAACGGUAAUCUCGCUGUUGCCAAGGCAGCGGCGCGCGCCGGGGCCUGUUCCUCUCAUCUGCGCGCGUGCAUACUCAUAUUCCAGCGUACAAUUUCGUGGCUGGGCAUUUAUUAAACUUAUAUAAACCUUUAAACAAAUGCUGUAUAAUUUAUUUGUUGGUUGGUAUAACUGACAGUGUCACGACGUAUUUGCGUUCAUGUAGAAAACUAUCCACGUCCCUUCGUAUCCUAGUACUGUGAAUGAAAUACGGCCUCGCGCUGCCGGCGAGGAAGCACGCGCCCGCUGUUAAACGCUAUUAACGAGCUAAUCUAGCUAGCUAAUGGUUAGCUUUCUUGUCCAAAAGUCAUCUUGAAGUCGGGAAACGUUUUUGUAUGACGACAAGCAGAUCGUGAAUGGGAACGAGGAUCCUCACGAAAAAAAUGAGGAAAGUUCUCUGAUGGAUGCAUUCUUUAUGACCAGGGUGUACACACCGCUUUGGCACAUGGGAACAUGUCUGCUGUGAUGAGAUAAUAGAAGUGGUCUACAUGAGAGAGCUUUGACAUUUGACCCUCCAUAUUCCCUGUUUGAUAUCUGAACAUCAGAAUAUGACCACGCAAGCUCUUUUGCCACUGUCGGGGCGCAGGAUACCCACUCUAUCCCCAGGUGCUUCGUCGUUUCCCCACCACAGAGCAACCUUGCGGCUCUCAGAGAAGUUUAUCCUCCUCCUCAUCCUCAGUGCCUUUAUCACCCUUUGUUUUGGAGCCUUUUUCUUCCUUCCAGACAGUUCCAAGCACAAGCGCUUUGAUUUGGGGUUGGAGGAUGUUUUGAUACCGCACAUUGAGCCUGGGAAGGAAGGACGACAUAGCAGUGGCCAGGUCAUACACGGGCAAGGAGUACACGAUGAGCAUCGACACAGGGAAGAGGAGGAGAGCCUCCGCAGUAAAAUCCGGGCAGAUCACGAACGUGCACUGCAGGAGGCCAAGGAGAAGCUUCGCAAGUCCAAAGAUGAGCUGAGGGCAGAGAUCCAAACCGAAAAGACUAAGGUGAUGAAGGAACUGAAAAAGGAUGGGCCAAAGCCUCUGCCCCCAGUACCCAUGCCCAAACUGGUGGGCAUCAAUGAUGGAGACCCUGGAGACCCUGAUGUUAAAGAGAAACGGGACAAGAUCAGAGAGAUGAUGAAGCACGCGUGGGACAGCUACAGGCAGUACGGCUGGGGACACAACGAACUCAAACCCAUUGCCAAGAAAGGACAUUCCACAAAUAUAUUUGGUAAUUCCCAGCUGGGGGCCUCGAUAGUAGACGCUCUGGACACACUCUAUAUAAUGGGCCUCCAUGAUGAGUUUAAAGAUGGUCAGGAGUGGAUAGAAAAGAGCCUGGACUUCAGUGUGAAUGCAGAAGUAUCUGUCUUUGAGGUCAAUAUCCGUUUCAUUGGGGGAUUGCUUGCUGCAUACUACCUCUCUGGACAAGAAGUUUUUAAGGUGAAGGCUGUUCAGCUGGCUGAGAAGCUGCUUCCUGCCUUCAACACCCCCACAGGCAUCCCUUGGGCCAUGGUCAACCUUAAAAGUGGUGUGGGACGUAACUGGGGCUGGGCUUCAGCUGGUAGUAGCAUCUUGGCUGAGUUUGGAACACUGCACAUGGAGUUUGUGCACCUCACGUAUCUGACUGGAAAUCCUGCCUACUAUCAGAAGGUGAUGCAUAUUCGGAAGCUGCUGUCUAAAAUGGACAGGCCUAAUGGGCUCUACCCAAACUACCUGAACCCUCGCACAGGUCGCUGGGGCCAGCAUCACACAUCAGUGGGAGGACUCGGCGACAGUUUCUAUGAGUAUCUAUUGAAGGCCUGGCUCAUGUCUGAUAAAACUGACACAGAGGCUCGCAAAACCUAUGAUGAUGCUAUUGAGGCUAUUGAACGUCACCUCAUACGGAAGUCCAGCAGCGGUCUCACCUUUAUCGGCGAGUGGAAGAACGGCCACCUGGAACGCAAGAUGGGUCACCUGACAUGCUUUGCUGGGGGCAUGUUUGCUCUAGGGGCAGAUGGGUCACCAGGAGACAAGGCUGGCCACUACCUGCAGCUGGGAGCUGAGAUUGCCCAUACUUGCCAUGAAAGCUACGAUCGCACAGUUCUGAAGCUUGGUCCAGAGGCCUUCAAGUUUGACAGUGGGCUGGAGGCAGUUGCUGUGAGGCAGAAUGAGAAGUAUUACAUUCUGAGGCCAGAGGUGAUUGAGACUUAUUGGUACAUGUGGAGAUUCACGCAUGACCCCAAAUACAGGCAAUGGGGCUGGGAAGCAGCUCAGGCUAUAGAUAAAUAUUGCAGAGUCAGCGGAGGUUUCUCUGGUGUUAAAGACGUCUACUCCUCCAACCCCACCUACGAUGACGUCCAGCAGAGCUUCUUCUUAGCAGAGACUCUCAAGUAUCUCUAUCUGCUGUUCUCCAGUGAUGAUCUGCUGCCUUUGGAGAACUGGGUCUUCAACACAGAAGCUCAUCCACUUCCAGUGCUGCAUCUGGGCAACAUCACCCUGCCUGGCAGCCAGGCAUAGCGAUAGAGGAGUCUCAGCGAGUGUGGGUGCUCGCCUCCUCUUCCUCUGAAAGACUGCAGGUAACUGCCUUCAGGAGUUACCGCUUUGAGGGACUCUUCCGCUCAACCACCUGGACUCUGGGUUUUUACUGCCAAGCAGAGGGGACCAGGACACACUCUAAGACAAUGUCAACUCAUCUAUAUGUCGCUUGUAUUGUUUUUCACUGUCUUUGAUAAUCUGCCAGUCAAGCACAGAUGGCUUAUGUGACUCAUUCAUUGGCUGCAUGGCUCUGACAUUGGUGGAAGCUUUUAGAACACCACAACUCAGCAAAGAAAUCAGAAGCGAUCAUGUGUUGCAGCUAACGAACAAACACGGAAAAUGUCGUUUCUCUGUGAAGAAAGAGGAUUUUACAUGGCUUAUUGUUUUUGUUGUUGGUUUAUUUUUUUGUUGUUGUUUUUUAUUUUGAUUGCUUACAUUGCUUACACUGCAGCAGGACAAAUGGCUCUCUGGCCAAACUAUUCCCCAGACCCCACAUAUCCCUGCCACCCCCCCCCCCCAUACUCCCUCAAUCUGAACUGUGACCCAGACCUGGUGCUGUGGGAGGCAACAGCUGGAUGACGUGACCUCUGAAAUCUCUCCCACUCUCCCUCUUAGAGAGAACGCGGGCCAGAGGCACCCUGGGAUCUCUGUGGCUUCUCAUGUACUGAUACAGUAUGCACGUGAGCGUAUGUGUGUGCACAUUCUUGUGUUAGUCUGCUAUCAGCCUCCAGAAAACGUCUGUCAAAUUCUGGUCCAGAUUUGAAGUCAAGUAUGUUCUUGGUUUGCCAUGAUUAGUGGGUGAAAUGGCUGAUGUUUUACGUUCAUUUGCAGCUCUAAUAGAUUAGUUGAUGCUUUCAGGACUGUCAUUGCACAUGGCACAUAUUUUAUUUCAAACCCAUUUCAAAGGAAAAAACAUUCGUUUAGUUUCUAUUGCAGUGCGUAUGUUUCAAGCACUCAGUCAGUCUGAAAUAAAGGGUUGUGUGAUCUGGCUCUCAUCCACACUACGCUGUACACAAAUUGACUGAAUUAGUAUUGGAUUUAUGGCCUCACAUGUAUUCAUAUUCAAGUAUUCUGACACUCAGAAGAAAGACAGACUGCAUCUCUUUCCCCGUUACUGAUCUAACAAAUGAAUUUCAUGACAUAGUGAACAUGUCGGUCAAGGCAGAGAGAACGAUUCAUUUUUAAUAUCCUACAGCAAAGAACUUUUGAUAAGUCCAGUCACGUUUUCUAUACACGUACACAGAGAUUAUGCUAACAUGUCCAUGAUGACGCCAAUUUUUCUACUGAUUUUGCACCAUUGCUGAACUAAAGCGUAGGAGGUUUAUGGGCUUUGGAUCAAUUUAUUUUCAUUCCAGUGAGUAGUUCACAAAUCUUACAAUAUUUCUAUAUGCUUUUCCCCCACUGCAUGCUGCUCUGUCUGCUCUGUCUGAUCUGAUGGGUGCAAUAUUUAGAGAGAUAUUCAGUCAGAAGAGACAGGAAGGGGGCCACCGCUGCUCUACGUCACAUCACACAGCACUCACUUUUUUUUUCUUUGCAAGGUAGUUCCUUUAAAGUAUGUCCAGUGAAAAAUAAUAUGCAGUGUUUAUAAUGCACAGUUUAAGUGGUACUGGCUGGUAGGAACUAUUUUUAUCUUUCAGCUGCAAAAAUGUUUUACCCCUGCACCCCUACAUUUUUAACUAAUGACAUUGCUUUCCCCCUGCUCCAGGUGGCAGUAGCAACAGUGUGCUAAUGCUCUGUAUGUAUGUUUUCAGCGCUUUUCCCACUUACCCUAACGUCUCUUCCUCCUACCUAAUAACUGUCACCUGUUUUUGUUGUGGAAGAUGCCCAGGCCAACAUGACCACUAGGUGGAUUUUGAGAGCUGUGUUCUGUAUUCUGUAUUUUUACUGAACUGACAGUACUGUAAAUAUCUUUAAAAAUGUGACAGAUUCAAUAAAGAUGUUACAUAAAUUGAA